AUGUUGAAAUUUGGGCGAUCCCUGAACCCUUUGAAGCAUACGCCAACAAACAAAGUACGCGAGAGUACUACCACCGCUGCUGGUGCAUCUCCUGGUGCUUCCGCUGGUGCUUCUGCUUUUGCUUUUGAACUGACCGGUAAACAGAAAGGUAAACUUGUCAAAAUUGGCCAUUGGGCUCAAGACAAGACCAUUGUCGUCGUACGAAGCUGGUUCAGAGGACAACAGUGGCAAAAUGUGCUUGAGUACGAGGACGUUUCGAUUUUCCCUCUUGAAUGUGAUGAAGAGAUUGGACUGGAGGUCUGCAUCGGUGAUUAUCUUUGUCAUGCGUUGAGAGAAGUGGCCAACUGUAGACAUUAG